AUGGCUCUAGGCGACUUUAUUAGACAACUACUUAGCAGCGAUUUAAGUUGUGAGGUUGACCCUCUUCGUUUAUGUAAUGGAAAUGCUUCUUCUUCCGGUUCAUCUUCAUCAGGUUCUGGUAGCAGCAUUUCUUCCCAAUUAGAAAAAAGUAGACAACAAUUAACUAGACAAGUUGAAACUGCUUGGAGAAGAAUUCUUGCAUGUCAACAUUUAUUCCCCUAUCCUUUAAGACUUUUAUUUUCUGGACUUAGACAUCGUUUAGAACAAGCUGGACGAGCUGAAUUGACAGACAAUUUACUUUCCUCUUCCAUUUUUCUUCGAUUUCUCUGUCCAGCAAUUCUAUCACCUUCCCUCUUUGGAUUAGUAAAUGAAUAUCCAACUGGACAAGCAGCAAGAAAUUUAACAUUAAUAGCCAAAUCAUUACAAACUCUAGCUAAUUUUACUCGAUUUGGUGGCAAGGAGGGUUAUAUGGAAUUUAUGAAUAAUUUUGUUGAAAGGGAAUGGAGAAAUAUGCAACACUUUUUACGCCAAAUAUCAGCACCAUGUGCCCGUUAUUGCCAAGCAUGUGAAGCUCAUGAUAGUAUGGUUGAUUGUACUAUAGACCUGGGAAAGGAAUUGAGCUUACUUGCUAGCUAUAUGAGGGAACAUUGUGAUCAAUUGAUGGAACAACGAAAAGAAAAUUUGAAUUUAAAUAAAAAUAGUAAUACAACAACAACAUUAAUAGCAAUAAAACAAUUGUGGAAUGCAUUAAUGACAAUAAGUAAUUGGGGAAAUAAUUGUUGUGAUAAAGAGGGAGGAGAAGAGGAUGAGGAGGGUAACGAAGAAGGAAAAAAAUUUUUUAAAGAGGAUAAUGAAGGAGGAAUGACAUCAACUAUAGAAGGACAUAGCCCUGGAAAUCCCCCUUCUGAUUAUGAAAAUAAUAAUACAGUUAUAACUACUACAACAACAAAGGUCCCAGAAAGUUUGUGGAGACAACCACCGCCUAUUCCAAUGGCUAGAAGGACAGUUAUGAUACCUCAACCUAUUGAAAUCCCUUCUGAAAAUAAAUAUAAUAGAGGCAAUUUAUAUGGUGGAGGAGGUGAAGGAUGUCAACCUAUUAGUGCUCCUCCUGUUCCAAAUUCUCCGUUUUCGGAACAAAAAACCCGUUUUUCAUUUUCCCCAAACAACAACAAUUCUUCUUCUUAUGUUUCAACAGCAGCAGUUCACCAUUUAAAUACUUCAGAUGAUUAUGUUUUAAGUUCAGCAUUAUCAAAACUUAGAACAACAACAAAACCAUUAAAUCCUCCAACAAAACAACAAUGUUGGAAUUCAAAUAAUUCAAGUUGUAUACAUUUAUAUGAUGAAACUAGUAAUAGAAGAGGGGUAGUAGUAGAUAAUUUACAACAACAACAGCAACAACAUUUAUAUGAUGAAGUUCCAACAGAUUCUAAUUUGACAAUCUUACCUCCACCAUCUGCUAGUAGAGCUUUAAAUGCUGGUGUAGUUAUUGCACAUAGAGGUGUUGCUAGCCAUGAAGCAACUCAACGUAGAGGAGAAUUGUGUACUCCACGUGUAAUUCAAAGGAACGCUUUUAGGGCAAUGGAUGAUGAAGCUGAUGAUGAAAGUGAAUCUGAAGAGGAUGGGAGAGUACAAGAAAUUGUGGAGGAAAAUGAAGAGUUUAAUCAAAGACGUCCACCUCCAAAUAGAAGACGCCGUCCCCCUUCAGCCAAUGGAUAUACAAAUUCUUCAAUAAUUUCACAUGUUAGAAAUUGUUCUAGUGGAGAACAACAACAACAACAACAUUAUGGCAUUUUUAAUGAGUCAAUUAAUAAUUUUGAUUCUUCUUCAGCCUCUGUUGGAAGUAAUAAUCGAAAAAAGAAUAUUGGUGGUAUUAAUCAAAUGAUAAUACCUCCCUCUUCUGGAUAUCAAAGUCAAUUAAAUAGUAGUAGUUAUUCAAACUCUUCUUCCCCUACAAACACAACAGAAAGUUCCCCACCACCACCAUCCCAACAACAAACAACAUCAAUAAUCAGUAAUUUAAUUCAAUCACCAAAAAUUCUUUUAAAAAAUCCUCCAAAAAUUUCAAAAAAUGUUUUUUCUUCAAAUAUAAUAUCUUCUAAUAAUUCUUGCCAAAGUUCUUCAUCCUCUUCUGCAUCCUCAGCAUAUUCUUCUCUUUCACCAACAAAUCAACAGAAACAACAACAACACUUGUUUAAUAAUAAAUUAAGAAAGAGUGCAGAAAAUGCAGCAAUGCAUUUGUUGGAAGAAUUAAAUGCUGGCAAAUCAGAACAACAAACCAGAACAGAAUUACAACAACAACAACAACAACAUUUACCUAAACCCAGGCAUUUUGUUUUGUUUGUUAAAACAAACCCAAGUUGUUGGUCAAUCCCCGCGUCUUCUUCUGGUCACUUACAACAACAACAACCACCACAACCUCGUUCAGCUUUUAUCGGUUCAACUCCAACAGACCCAUUAACAGCCUUUGUUCGUUAUCCAUUACAUUCAUCUUCUUCCCCACAAAAAAUUUCUCCAAAAAAAUUAGAAGAAGAAAAAGAGGAUUAUCAAAGAAAAUUUCCCCAAAAAUUCCCAACAUGUUCAGAAAUUUAUUGGUCAGAAAAUAAUAAUAAAAACAAAUUAAUUUCUUCAACAUCAGAAAUUAAUUCGAACAUUCCAUGGUCAAAACAACAAAUUUUAUUACCUUCCCAACAACAAGUGGCUUCCCAACAACAACAUGUUUCUCAACAACAAGCUUCUCAACAUCAAACAACAAUACCAAACUUGUUGGCUGCUGAAUUGGAGCUAAUAGAGGCACAACGUUGUCAAAUUGCCGAAUUAACAAGGCAAAAUGCUGCUUUAAGGCAAGAAUUAAAUUCGGUUAGAGCUAUAAGUAGUCAACAUAUUGUUGCUGGUAGAGAAGAAAAAAUAAUAGCUUCGGCUGAGUCGAUGUGA